AUGGAACCGAAUGAAAGGAUGGUGUCUUUUGGCGUCGUCUCACUCUUCACGUUCAUACCACAGGCCCCUGCGGUCAAAGCGCUCAGUAACCUUCUACGUCAAAAUUACGACGGGGACGAUGGCCAACGCAUAGCUCAAGAUCUCAAAGAACCCAUGGGGCACUGUCUCAAGACAUUCUUUACCUUCGAAGGGAUCACAUACGAGCAAAUCAAGGGCACUCCAAUGGGUUCACCAAUCUCCGGGCUCAUUGCUGAGGCGGUUCUACAAAAACUCGAGAUACGGCUAUUCGAGGAGUACAAACUCAAGUUUUGGGCACGCUACGUUGAUGACACCUUUGUAAUCAUCGACCGGGAUAAAAUAAACUACUAUGCGGAAGUACUGAACUCAAUCAUUCCCUAUCUACAGUUCACGAUGGAAGAGGAAGUAGGAGACAAACUUCCAUUCUUGGAUGUUCACGUCUGUCGCCAACCAAAUGGCCAAUCAGCGACGUCGAUCUACAGCAGAUCGACGAACACGCUGCAAAUGCUUAGUUACAACAGUAACCACCCGCUACAACACAAACCAAGCUGUGUCCGCACGCUAUACCGAUGGGUUGAAACUCCUUGCAGCACGCCAGCCGCCGAACUGGACGAGAUAAAGCUCCUCCAAGAACUCUUCAGAGCCAACGGCUAUCCGCGGGCAUUCAUUGAACGGCAUGCGACAGUUUGA